UAGAUAUUAUACGGCAGUGUGGGCUUGGCCUCUGCCGGGAUACGACGUGCGCGUCACGUGAACUCAAGACUUUUUUUUGUAAAAAAAUUAUUACGAAGUGCCUCAAAUUUUUUAGUGAAUUCUAGCGUCGGUUUUAGUGUUUACCUUUUAAGUGAACGAACUCUAGUGCUAAGCAAUAAUAGCUAUUUACAAAAAAAGUGAUAUCAUUGAUAUAAAUAAACUUAAUCUACCAGCCAGUAAACCGUAGCUUCAAACAAAUCUAUUUUCCAAAACAAAAAAAUCCAGUCAGACAAAAAGUUGUGAUCAAAAGUGUUCAUCAUUUCCUAGCCAUCCUCAUAGUUCCUGGUGAAUUCUGGGGAAGGCUCCCACCAUCGGUGAGGACUACUCGCCAGCGAUGGUGAUGGCCAGCGGCGGCGGUGGCGGGCUGGUGCAGUCCCCACCGGACAUGCUGCAUCAUCACAACAUCAUGGACACGUCCUCGCAUGUGGAGAUUAUGCCGAAAAAGCUGCGUCUCUCCCUGUGCGUCGGCUGCGGGGGCCAGAUCCACGACCAGUACAUCCUCAGGGUGGCCCCGGACCUGGAGUGGCACGCGGCUUGUCUGAAGUGCCAGGAGUGCCGGCAGUUUCUGGACGAGAGUUGUACCUGCUUCGUGAGGGAUGGGAAGACGUAUUGUAAACGAGAUUAUACUAGGCUAUUCGGCACCAAGUGCGACAAGUGCGGCGCAUCGUUCAGCAAGAACGACUUCGUGAUGCGCGCCAAGACCAAGAUCUACCACAUCGACUGCUUCCGGUGCUGCGCUUGCGCAAGACAACUUAUACCCGGUGAUGAAUUUGCGUUAAGAGAAGGCGGCGCGUUAUAUUGUAGAGAAGAUCACGAUGUUUUAGAAAAAAGCACGACAACGCCAUCUGGCGGCGAGAGCAACAACAACACGACGCUCAGCAACAACAACCCACACCUCGAGCUCGGCUCCAUGUCAGGUGAGGACUCCCUGAACAGUGGUUCCGAGUCUGGCUCGCACAAGUCGGGACGCGCGCGCGGCGCCGCAACCGCUGACGGCAAACCCACCCGAGUCAGGACCGUGUUGAAUGAGAAACAGCUACAUACGUUAAGGACCUGCUACGCGGCGAACCCCCGUCCCGACGCGCUGAUGAAGGAGCAACUGGUCGAGAUGACUGGGCUCAGCCCCCGGGUCAUUCGAGUCUGGUUCCAGAACAAACGCUGCAAGGACAAGAAGAAGACCAUACAGCUGAAGAUGCAAAUGCAACAGGAGAAGGUGGUAUUUAUCGAAGGCCGGCGCAUGGGCUACAUGUCGAUGGGGGUACCCCUAGUUGCGGGCUCGCCGGUGCGGCACGAGGCGGCGGCGGCACUCGAGGUGACGGCCUACCAGCCCCCGUGGAAGGCGCUUUCGGACUUCGCCCUCCACGCCGACUUGGACAGAGCGCCGCAUCACUCGGCCGCGUUCCAACAUCUUGUCAAUCAGAUGCACGGCUACGACGUCCCCUCGCUGCCGCCGCCGCGCGCGCCUCACGGGGCUGAAGACAACUACGUGACCUACCUCGAGAGUGACGACAGCCUGCCACCCUCGCCCUAGUGCCGUCUCGCCUAAACCCCUCCCAGAGACAGGGAUAGCAAUAUAUAGCUCACCAAUCUGGGGGAGGUAGAUUGUUCCAGCUAUGCGCCGGCUGUUUAUUUGAAACUGCCACAAGAUCUGACUUUAUACGCUCGCUUGUUGAUUUGUGAAAAUGGUGGUGAGGUUACACGGAGACAUUUUUUUUAUGUUGACUACCGAAUGGUGUUAAUGGGAAGUGCAAAGUUUUAGUUUUAAGUGCGUAAAUUCCUUGCCAGUUUUGAAGUUGUUUUCUCGAAUUGGUUACGUUACUUUGAGAAUUAAUGGACAUUAUAGUUAGAUUGUAUUGUAAAUCUUGCUUUGUAUAAAGAUACUGUGUAUAAAUUCUAGAAGUACCUAGAUAACUAUAUUUACCUUUGUGAUGAUUACCAAUAUACCUAAGUUUUUAAACUUAGUUCUUGAGGUAUUUUACCCCUUAGUAAUUUGUGUUAAAGAUCUGUUUAAUUGUAUAUAUUUUCUAUGUAAAUAAAUGUAAAAUAAAUUGCAUAUAAUAUAAAUACUAUACUAUAAACCUUUCGUGUAUUAUUGUAUUUAAUUAAAGUACUGUGUAUUUUAAAUAAAUGGUAAUAUUUUUAUUUUAAGUAUCCUUUAGCAAUAUUCAUAUAUCGUAGAUAUAAAUAGUAUACAAUUCAAUCCAGUUUUUAUAUUUUCAACGAGUGUGUAUUUUCACUAUAACGAUAAACUCUCUUGAACACCAUCUAUAAAAAAUAUUGUAAAAAUAUCUUCUGAAAUAAUAAAUUACUAAAGCGAACUAUGUAUAAACUUUUACUACCUACAUACUCUAAUUCAAAAGUACUUAAAUAGUUAAUAAAUUACCAUUUAAUUUAAUAAGUAGAAAAUAACAUACCUACAUUGUAUUUAGCUCGUGAGCAUAAUAACAAUAAAAUAU